AUGCAAUCUACUGGUUACUAUCAAUCACCAAAUCAGCAGCAACAAGCUUAUAUGGUACAACAGCAACAACAGCAUCAACAGCAACAACAGACAUCACCGUUACCAACGAGACAAAUGCCGAGACAACAAGCACAACCACAGUUAAUCAUGGACAAUGGUCAGGACGGUUUGGAUGACGAGGACGAGGAUGAUGGCGAAAAGAAGCCCCAAAGAAGAUCAGGGCGUCGUAAGAUUAAGAUUGAGUACAUCGAGGACAAGACAAGACGCCAUAUUACAUUUUCAAAAAGAAAGGCUGGCAUCAUGAAGAAGGCAUACGAAUUGAGCACAUUGACUGGUACCCAGGUGUUAUUGCUUGUUGUAUCUGAAACAGGUUUGGUGUAUACAUUCACUACGCCCAAAUUGCAGCCACUAGUGACCAAACCAGAGGGUAAGAAUUUGAUUCAAUCCUGUUUGAACGCUCCCGAUGCUUCAAUGGAAAAUGGCUCUUUGAAUGGAUCGCCUUCUAUGGGAGCUGCAAAUUUAUAUGGGGACAAUCGUCAAAAAUGA